AUGUUGACUUCUUCAACAACCACUCCGUGCAAUGUCGUCAAAUUGGACAAAAUAAUUGAGCGUUUCUGGUAUGUUGAAGACUUUGAUCAUGAACCCGUUCGAUCUCGUGAUGAAAUUUAUUGCGAACAACAUUAUCUUGCACAUACCAAGCGUGAUGUUAGUGGAAGAUACAUAAUUCGACUUCCAUUCAGAGAUUCCAAAUUCAAUCUAGGUGAAUCUCGUAGGCAGGCUCUCAAACGCUUUUCUUCGUUAGACCGAAAACUUUCAUCGAAUCCUCCACUGAAAUCCGAGUACAUCAGAGUGAUGGAGGAGUACAUUUCUCUUGGCCAUAUGACUCUUUGUGAUGAAACUGAAGGUGGGUAUUAUCUUCCUCACCAUGCUGUAAUCAAGGACUCCAGUGAGACCACCAAGGUUCGUGUAGUGUUCGACGCUUCAGCCAAAACUUCUACGGGCAUUUCGCUCAAUGACACCCUCCUGGUUGGUCCCACUAUCCAAAAUACCAUAUUUGAACAAGUUCUUCGAUUUCGCACUCAUCGCUAUGUCAUCACGGCGGACAUUGAGAAAAUGUAUCGUCAAAUCUUGGUUCAUCCAGAUGAUCGACAGUUCCAAAAGGUUUUAUGGCCCUAUCAGGGGAAUCUUCGAACUUUCCAACUCAACACUGUGACUUUUGGUACACCCGCCGCUCCAUUUCUAGCAGUUCGUACUAUUCAGCGACUUGCUCGUGAUGAAGCACACGAUUUUCCACGUGCCAGUAAACUUCUCUUUCGUGACUUUUAUGUCGAUGAUUUCAUUUCCGGGGCCGAUUCUUUGGAUGAACUAUUGACUAUCCGUGAUGAGAUGAUUGCUUUAUUAUCACGCGGUGGUUUCAUCAUUCGUCAAUGGUCAUCUAAUCAUCGUUCAGCUUUGAACACCUUCGAUAAAAAAUUCUUCGAUUUAGACUGUUUGAUCAAAAAUGAUCCAGUCCAGAAAACCUUAGGAAUCAUAUGGGAUGCCCAAAAUGAUCUGUUGCGGUAUACUUUGAAUCAGGUCGAUACUAACGUCGCUGCAACAAAACGUAAACUCCUCUCUGAAUUGUCGAAAAUCUUUGAUCCCUUAGGGUUACUAGGUCCCGUAACAUUAUUCGCUAAAGUCUUAAUUCAAGACUGCUGGAAGGCUAAGAUCACUUGGGAUGAGUCUCUUCCUCAAGACAUUCACAGCAAAUGGACAUCAUUAGCACUUCAACUACCAAGGUUGCAAGAAAUCUCAUUUCCUCGACAAAUUCUGAUCCCUAAUCAUUCUCGAGUCGAAAUCCAUGGAUUUUGUGAUGCCUCCAUUCAUGGAUAUGGGGUGUGUCUGUAUAUCAAAUCUAGCAAUCCACAAGGUGAUGUAUUAAUCAAACUAGUCGGCAGUAAAUCGCGAGUAGCACCCUUGAGUGGACUUACCAUCCCUCGAUUGGAACUCUGCGCAGCUACCAUCCUCAAAAGAUUAUAUCUUGAAACUAAGGCUCAGUUGGACUUCUCCAUUGAUCAGGUUUAUUUAUGGUCUGAUUCCGCUAUCGUUCUUUGCUGGCUCAAGAAAGCCCCUCAUCUUUUAAGAACUUUCGAAUCAAACAGGGUUGCAGACAUUCAAGAGUUAGGAAAUCAAGUUACCUGGAGACAUGUCCGAUCUGAGGACAAUCCAGCUGACGGAUUGUCUCGAGGACAACUUCCAUCCGACCUCGUCAAAAAUUCUCUCUGGACCUCAGGUCCUAGAUGGUUGAUUCUCGACCAAUCCCAAUGGCCACAGUUGAUCGAACCUUCGGUCACUCAAGUGCCUGGACUAAAAAAGAGCAUCUGCCUGCUCACUAACAUUUCAUCUCAAUCCAUUUACACUCGUUUCUCGAACUUCGAACGAUUGGUGAGAGUUGUUGCUCGCAUCUUGCGUUGGAAGACUUCACAAGCUCCUCGGAAUCGUCCACUCUCGGUUGAGGAAAUCCACGAAGCCGAAUAUCGCAUUGUCUUGAUGGUUCAGGGUGAACGAUUCUCCACCGAACUCCGAAGGCUUUCGACGACACAGUCUUCGGAGGGUCCAGUCCGUUCAUAUUUGAAGAGAACUCCCUUUGAUCAAUUACAUCCAUUCGUGGAUGACAAGGGAAUCCUUCGUGUGGGGGGACGUCUCAAGAGGUCGGAACUUUCUUACAAUCAAAAACAUCCCAUUUUGCUGCCCAGUAAACAUCCUGUUACGGAUAUGAUCAUUCGACAAGUUCAUCAGUCAAAUCUCCAUGCAGGAAUCCAGAGUACUCUUCACGCCAUUCGAUCAAAAUUCGGGAUUUUAAACGGCAAGGAUAAAAUUAGGAAACUUGUCCGUCAAUGUGUUGAAUGCAUCCGCCAGAAACCAAAGUUGGUUCACGCUCAGAUGGCUGAUUUGCCUAGAGCUAGAGUCAACGAAGCACCAGCUUUCUCGCGCACAGGUGUCGACUUCUUUGGACCAAUUCUCAUCAAGGAGAAGAAGGAUCGGAACCGAUCCUUCCAAGGCCUAUGGUUGUGUGUUCGUUUGCAUGGUUUCAAAGGCCGUACAUAUCGAGCUGGCCACUGA